AUGAAGUGGUGUUGCACAUACCUUAUCCUAUGGAUUGCCAUUGUAUUCAAUAAAUUUCAAGUAACCACAGCCACUGUAUCCUAUGAUAUAGAUGAUGUCCUACAGUUUCAAGAUGAUACUGGUGUGAUAACAGUGACGGCUGACAACUACCCAUUAUUGAGCCGUGGUGUCCCAGGCUACUUCAAUAUCUUGUACAUCACAAUGAGGGGUACAAACAGUAACGGCAUGAGUUGCCAAUUAUGCCAUGAUUUUGAAAAAACCUAUCACACAGUUGCAGAAGCUAUUCGCUCGCAGGCCCCACAAUCACUGAACUUGUUUUUUAUAGCCGACGUCAACGAGGUACCACAUUUGGUCGAGGACUUAAAGUUACAAAAUGUGCCUCAUCUCGUGGUAUAUCCGCCAGCGGAAAAUAAUAAGCAGUCUCAGUUCAAAUGGAAAACGUCACCUUUUUAUCAGUAUUCUUUGGUGCCUGAUAAUGCAGAAAAUACUUUACAAUUUGGCGAUUUCCUGGCUAAAAUACUCAAUAUUUCGAUAACUGUUCCUCAAGACUUCAAUGUUCAAGAAUUUCUUUAUUAUUUUGUUGCGUGUAUGGUAGUUUUCAUCUUCAUCAAGAGAGUAAUUUUACCGAAGGUAACUAAUAAAUGGAAGCUUUUCUCUUUGAUAUUAUCAUUGGGUAUACUUCUACCAAGUAUUACUGGUUACAAAUUUGUGGAAAUGAAUGGCAUUCCCCUCAUUGCACGUGAUGCAAAACAUCGUAUAAUGUACUUCAGUGGUGGUUCAGGAUGGCAGUUCGGUAUUGAGAUUUUUUCCGUGUCAUCGAUGUACAUUGUGAUGUCUGCAUUAUCUGUGCUUUUAAUUUACGUGCCCAAAACUUCACGUGUAAGUGAAAAGAUGAGAGGGCUACUGGCGUCAUUUUUGGCAUGUAUUCUAUUCUAUUUCUUUUCUUAUUUCAUUAGUUGUUACUUGAUUAAGAAUCCAGGGUACCCAAUUGUUUUUUAG